AUGCCUGAGCAACUCACUUUUCCCGCCGAGUCGGUGGCUGUCCUGGAACCCCGCCUGCCUCCCAAGCUGGAACUGCAGGAUGCUCCGAGAUCGCGCCCGUUUGUCACAUUGACCUUUGCAACCUCACUCGACUCCAGCCUUUCACUGGCGCCUGGAGUCCGCACUCGCCUUUCUGGUCCGGGUUCCAAAGCGAUGACGCACUACCUACGAACCCGGCAUGCAGCUAUUCUUGUCGGUGUCUCUACCGUGUUGGCAGAUGAUCCGGCUCUCAACUGCCGGAUUGCAGGAUCCUCACACCAGCCACGGCCAAUCAUCAUUGAUGCCAACCUCCGAUGGACGCCGCGGCGCUCGGACAAGGUCUUUGAAGUGUGCCGGAACGGUGCCGGGCUCGCUCCCUUUAUCCUCACUGGCGCAGAUGCUUCCGACCUGCCUGCUGCGAGCGUGGAGCUACUCCACGAACAUGGAGGCAAAUAUAUCCGAGUCCCCAGCGCGCGGUCUGAGGCGACUGGUCGUCUACGCUUCAGUUGGGACGACAUCCUUUCUGCGCUCCAGGCGGAACAUUUAACCAGCGUCAUGGUGGAGGGCGGCGGCCAGAUCAUCAAUUCGCUCCUUGACCCUGCUUACCACAAGCUGAUUGACUCGGUCAUUGUGACCAUCGCGCCGACAUGGCUGGGGCAGGGCGGCGUCGUUGUGUCUCCAGAGCGAGUCACCGACUCUGCGGGAGUCCCAUUACCGGUUGCAAGGCUAUCGCAAGUAUCAUGGCACCCCUUUGGCGACGACGUCGUCCUGUGCGGCACGCUUCGGGUGUAG